AUGGGAGCAAAAGCCGAUGUUGCCGUCGGGGUGGCGCAUGCGCCAUCCCAGCAGCCACAUACCCUUGAGGAAUAUGAGCGGCUGUUCGGAGUCGACGAGGACGCGUAUGAGCAACCCACCACCACCCGCAAAGAACUUUGGUCCUAUUAUCUUUAUUACAACGGUGACAAUGGAGUGGGCCCUGGGUCCUACAGCCAAGCCUUGUUUCAAUGGGCCCUCAAUGGAGCCGGCUUCCAGCCCGACACAAAUCCGCCCAAGGCCUGUACAAACUCGUCUGCUUGUGUCGUGCCUUGGGCGGGUGGUACUCGAUCUGUUUCAUCAGUGGUGCUGAUCGCCAAUGGUCUCUGUUUCACCUUUAUGACAGUUAUUUUUAUCUGGCUUGGUAGUGCCGCUGAUUACGGUUCGUUUGGCCGAUGGCUUCUCUUGGUGCUAACGGUCGUCUGCUGGGCCCUCCAAUACGGAAUGCUGGCUAUCCGAGACCCGAGUCAGUGGCCUGUCGCCAUGGGCAUAUACAUCGUAGCAUAUAUUUGCUAUGGUGCUACGUUAGUGUUCUAUGCCGCCGUUUUCCCUCGGCUAGCUAGGUAUAUGCCGCAUGUGCGCAAGUCCCGAGAGGAGGAUCUAAGGGAAGGAAAGAUUGACCAGAAAGAAUACGAUGCAAUCGAAUCCCUAGAGAGAAACCAUAUCAGCAACGUGUCGACGGCGCAUAGCAACAUCGGAUAUUUGUUCACGUCGGCCAUUAACCUGAGUGUUCUGCUUCCAAUGCAAAACAAUCAAUAUUCAAACAACUUGGCAUUGUGUCUGACAAACUCCUAUUGGAUUAUUCUCGGGAUUUGGUGGUUCUUGUUCCAGCAGAAGCGACCGGGCCCCAAAAUCCCAAAGGGGUCAAACUAUGCCACGAUCGGCUUCAAACAAAUAUGGCUAGCAAUGCGCGAAAUAAGAUCUCUACCUCAGACUUUUCUUUAUUUCUUGGCCUACUUUCUGCUCGCCGAUGGGCUCAAUACCACUGGAACCCUAGUCAAUAUUAUCCAAAAUGAUCAAGUUUCUUUCUCGUUUCUCCAAAUCACCUACCUCAAUAUCACACAGGCUGCUUGUUCGAUAAUUUCGACCUUUGGAUUCUGGUAUAUCCAGCGAUAUUUCAAGUUCAAGACGAAAACGAUGUUUCUUGUCACAAAUUUCUUCAGCGUGUUUAUUCCAUUCUGGGGUAUGCUAGGUUUAUGGACCACACGGAUAGGAUAUCAUCAUAGAUGGGAGUUCUACUUCUAUAACAUCGUUUUUGGGCUAUUUCAGGCUCCAUACUACGCUUACGCCCAAACGAUGAUCAGCGAGCUCAUGCCCCGUGGCUACGAUAACAUGUUCUUUGCGCUCUUUGGGAUUACCAAUCGCGCCUCUUCGAUUAUAGGUCCCAAUGUCAUCCAAGCUAUCAUAAAUGAUACCCGAAAUAAUUGGAUGGGAUUUCCCUUCUUGUUUUCCGUGUGUACUGCCGCCAUGAUCGCCAUUGGAUUUGUCAAUGUUGAAAAAGGCCGCGAGGAUGCCAGGAAGUUCACCGAGAAGAGAAAAGUGGCUAGAGUAGUGGCAGAAACCGGAUUAAGUGCUGAUACGAUUGGGAAAGGGAAGAAUCCUGUGGAAGCUGGUGAAUUAAUGGAAGAAGAAGAGAAUGAAAGGACGCAUGGCAAUGAUAGUGCUUCUGCCGUACCUACGGAGAGGUCAUAA